AACUGUCAUCGCUGCUAAAAAUGAGAAUGCGGAUGUUUACCUGUCAGACAAUGUACAAGAAGCAUCGGUUCCAUUUCAUCUACUGAAAAAUAAACCAUUGAAAUCAGUAACGGCGCAGUAUUUACCUUUAGUUGCCAACAACCUGAAACAAAAGAUUAAGACAUUUGACACUAAUGUUAAAUACGGAGUAAAUCAACUAAAAACUGCACUUUCAAACAACAUAAAUGCAGCAGUAGUACAUUUGGAUAGUUCAGUUUCUAAUAAACUAAAUGCUGGAGUAGCCCACUUAAAAAGUGCAGUAUCACAUAAAUUGCACUCACUUGCUGAACAAGUACAGCAAUAUAAGCAAAAGCCAUACGCUGCUCAUUUAGACCAAUUUUUAUAUUCGAGAAAUCGUCUCAACAUUCAACAAUAUGAAAAGCAGCAAACUCCAAUUUAUGUUUCAUAUGUAAUUAAGAAUCCAAAACUAUUAAACAAACCUCUUAAUAAGAAACGGACACAGCCCAAUAAAUACGAUGCUUUAAUGACUGACUUAGGUAUUUCAGGAUAUAAACAUUUUGAAAAUUCAGUAAUUCGUGAUUUGGAAAAACGUGAGGAACAGAAAGUGGAAGCUACUAUACAUACGUUGUUUGAAAAUCCUAAAUACGCUCUUGAAAUGCCAUCUAAAUUGACAAACGCCCUGAAACCUAUACUUUUCGAGGAUCUUCACAAAGCAUCAUUAUCAGAUUCAUACGUAGCUAACUCUCACUUCCGGUUGGCACCCUCCACGACGUAA